AUGGGGUAUGAUUAUCAGCACCGCCAUCAAGCAACCGACGGACUUCUCAGCUUAUUCACAAAAGCGAAUCAUGAUCUUGCUUUAGUUCAUCUCAGGCUUGAGAAGGAGUUUCAACAAAUUACCCCGACAACUUGUUGCUGCUUCUUAAUUAUGCAGGACCUGAUUGAUAAGGCUCAGAGAACUCUGGUUGAGAACAGAGAUUUGGUGCAGCGCAUGCAAGCAUCCAUGGGUACUUCUCUCACUGGCGAAGAUGAUUCUGCAUUCACUAACUUCAAGCAGUUUUUGCACCAUUUGCCAGCAAGCAAACCAAAUAAUAUAUACGGCCUUUGCUUAGCAUUCAUCAAAGCAAAGAAAGCAACCGACGGACUUCUCAGCUUAUUCACAAAAGCGAAUCAUGAUCUUGCUUUAGUUCAUCUCAGGCUUGAGAAGGAGUUUCAACAAAUUUACCCCGACAACGCAAACCCUAUGAAGCUGGUUUCUAGGAUAAAAAAGAUGCAAGAAGAUAUAUCAACCUUGAAAGAGCAGUGCCACGAGCUAUUGGCAGCUAAACAGGACCUGAUUGAUAAGGCUCAGAGAACUCUCACUGGCGAAGAUGAUUCUGCAUUCACUAACUUCAAGCAGAUUAUUGAAGAAUGGACAGCACAAGUAAGAUCAAGAACAGGGGACGAAACCCAUGAUUCGGACUCUGGAGACGUGAACAAACUGCUCUUCUCAGCUAUUGUUGAAAGCAAUUGAGCUGCUCUAGCAAAGAUUAUAGAUGCCACCGUUAGUUUGUUCUGCAUCAUUUAGAUGCUUCUCUCUCUCUCUCUCUCUCUCCCUCUCUCA